AUGAAGACGAAACCCAAAAUCAAUCAAUCAACUUCAGCAAAGAAAUUAAACACUUAGCUACCAUCAGAUUCUCUAAGGAGUAGUCAAAUUAAGGAAGAAAUUCGUGAUGAUUUGACAUCUUGGGAUAGCCGAUUUGAAUCUACAGCCAUAGAUUACCCAUUAUCUAAUUAUAUGAAUCCAAAUAAAUUAACCAAAAAAGUAUUUAAACUAAUAUAUUCAAGAAAGGAAUUCCUGAUACAAGUAGAGAAUAGAGUGCAAGGUUGAAGAAAUCUAAUACAAAUUCUACUCUCAUAUCUAGUCCUCGUCUGAUGUCUCCAAAAGAAUAAGUUGAAGUGAUUCAUUAUCUUGAAUUAAAAAAUAAGACUUUAAUAGAAGAAAAUAAGAGAAAGGAAUAUCUUAUAGCAAAGCUUUUGAAGAAUAAAUCACCACCAAAAUAAAAUAUUAAAAUUGGUCUGUAAUGUCCUCCUAAAUCUGCUGAAUUAUGUUCUCCUGCUACUCGAUUUCCAUAAAUAGCUAGUCCUUAACCAAAUGAAUUCUAAGUUCCUAUGUUUUAUAAGAACACUUAAUCCAAAGUGAUUCAGAAUGAUUAAAAUUGGAGUUUUGGAAAAUUACAAGAGGAAGAUCGAGACAAUAAGACUAAGUCUUAAUUUGCUAAAAUUGUAAAUGCUAGUAAUAAUUAAAAAUCAACUAUUAAAACUAACUUUUCAAAGCCUCUCCUUAAAUUACCAAAAGAGUUUCAUCCUCAAUCUUGGAAUUCAAUUAAAAAAUGA